CCCGCGCGACCAGCAGAGCCCGCCCCCGCCUGAUCUCGCGAGAGCCGAGAGCUAUUUAGUCUCGGAGGCGGCCAUCGUACGCCCUUUGCGGAGACGAAGCGUAAGGGCAGAUUAAAACAUGACUGAUACAGAUGAAUCCCACGCUUCUGGUUCUGAUUAUCCUGAUGCCCAAGAUCUCAUAUUAACUCAGAGGAAAAAAAGAUCUAAAGUACCUGAGCAUGCAGCAAGUGCACCGAAGGAACAUUUGUGCUCAAGGCAGAAGGGUGCCAGUCCUGAGGAGUCUUCAGAUGAGAUCAGUAGUACAGAUACGUCUUCAGAUGAGGUGGAUAGCAGUGAUUCAGAAAUUGAUGUUCCAGCUGCUAGUGGCAGCAAGCACCAUAGGAAACACUCUGUUGUACCUUCAAAGCGAAAGAGGAGAUUGCAGCCUUCAAAGCAACAAGCAGAAGCUGAUGCAGGAGUGCCUGGCAGUGAAAGUUCUGAUUCUUCUCUGCCCACUCAGAGCCCAGUGAGGCCACCUGAAGCCUCCCAAGAGAAGAAAUCUAAGCUCAAUCUGAAAGCUAUUUUUGCCUAUCACUUCAGAGGAAGGAAGUUUAAAGCUGCUGCACACCGAAAAUACCGGAGCAGUGGUUCACGGAAGAUAAAGAGAGCCUCUGGGUGCACACGGAGGCGCGGUAAGAAGAAGCCCAUGACAGCCUCACCUCAGGAGCGAAGGAAAAGGCUCAAGGAUCGAGGCUUUCAGUUCCCUUUUGUUGAAAAACAUUAUGGGAGAAAACAUAUUCCCUUAAAGAUGGUUCUUAGCUAUGAGCAAGCAGCUGCAAAGGGAUAUUUCCAAUAUGUUGAAAUGCUCAAAUAUGAAGAACACCUCAAAAAGGCUUUGAAAGCUCUUGAAGCCAGUGAAGACUUAGAAAGAGAAUGCCUGGUAGUGCGGAAACACAAAUAUUUAGAUGACGAAGGCCCCCUUUCUCCUAUUCAGGAGACAAAUGAUGAUGAUGAUAAUAACUGCAUGGGCUCUGAUAAUCCAGAAGACUUUGAUGUCAGAGUAGUGGACAACAGCUGUUUCAUCAUAAGCAGCAAAAUUCCCAACAAGAAGAAAUCAAAGGCCGAAACAAAGCGAGCAAAGUCAGCUGGAGGGGUUGAAGUAAAGAAGAGUGCUGCUGAUAACUGAACAUUUGUGUGGCUCUCUUUGGUUGAACAGAACAUGAACGAAUAAGGUGGCAGCAGUCACUUCUCAGAGACCUUAUCGAGGUCUGAUUGGCUUAAAAUGUUGGUCUGAAGUCAGCGUUGAGCUGUCAGCCAGGCAACCUCAUCAGAAUCAAUUUAAGUUUGUUGCUUUUGGAUGAUGAAUAUUGAUCAGCUGCUGUGAGAGCUGGUGCACAAAUCUGUUACUUCUGUGCUGUCCUGUGGAACACACUGGUUAAGGAGGUAUGCUUUGUUUCUGCUGAGUUUUGGCGUGAGAGAAUUUGAGUCUGCCUUCUCAGAGAGGCUUUGGUGGAGCUUGUCAAACACAGCAGUGGGAACUGUUGGAUAAGUUGUUAAGUGAUAAAAGUGCAUUUAAGUUGACCUGGUUCUUUAAUGUUUCUUUGAAGUAAAGGAAUAUUUGAGGAACUGUUUUUCCCUGUGGGGAGGUUGUGCUGUGAGGACUGUAGGCUGAAGGCUUAGCUGGUUGGUUUUUUUUUUCCUAAAUAAAUAUUUCAUUUGGAAAGGCGAAUCCAGAAGGCAGCCAGCGAUGUGUCCAUGUUGGAGUUAAUGGGCUGGGCUUUAAAACAAGCUGUUCUGCAGGUGUAGUGAAGAGUUGAUUGUUGCGCCUUGUUAUUCAGCAGGCAGACAACUCCGUGUGUGUCUCAAUUGAACAACAGGGCCAGAAGAACAACAGGUUGUGCUUUCCUCACUGUAACACCCAUUGCAGUGGUGACAAUGAGACCUGUAACAGGCUUACAUACUGAGAGAACUGUGCAAACACGGUUCAAAAUGUGGUUACUCUUAAAUUUUGACGGAUUGACAUGUGUGGUGUUGUGAAUUCUUGAAUUCAUAGAAUCACAAGGUUGGAGGAGACCCACAAGAUCAUUCCAUCCAACCAUCCUCCUAGCAUUACUAUCUACUAAGCUACUAAACAAUAUCUUGCAGCAUUCUGCAUCCUGCUGGCUGUGGGAAGUGGAAGAAAAACACACAGUACUGAAUUCUGUAAAUAGUUUAUCAGAGCACUCUUGGAAGCUGUCUUGUAGUUGCUUCACACCACAGCGCAGCUGAUCAAGCCCACCUGACGAUGCAGACCGGAGGAAUACCUUGGUGGUAUGAGGAAAUGAGAGAAGAAGUGCAGAAAGCCACUUGACAGAGAUGGAGCUCCCCUAUAGGUUAGUGUGCCCUCUGAGCUUCUGCAGAUGCAUCAGUGUUUGAGGGGCUCUGGUUUUCAGUGGCUGGAGCUGUUCACCACAUGAAGCUCGGUGCCUUUUGGAGUGUUGCAGGGGCAUAACUCAACAUAUGUUUGGAUAUUUUAAAGUAAUAUUCCAUUUCAGUCCGUUAAGGGAAGACUUCUUUAACUCUGGUUUAUCCCAAGAAAGAUCUCAGUCUGAAAUGAAGUGACGAGGUUAACUUCCUAAACUCGGGCUUCACUUCAAAAGUAAAUGAGUACUAAGGGAAGUUAGGAGUGUUUGAGUAAAUGUUGUAGUUAAUUCCCUUCGUUUUAUACUGUUCAUGUUCAUGUAAUACUGUUUGUGUAAUCGUAGCUUUUAACAUUAAACUGAUGUGGAGUUAUUACUGCAUCUUCCAAAUGAAAUGGUAGUGUAACAUUGCGCUCCUUUUUCCCACAAAUCAUGACAGAAGUAAGAAGGCACUUCGUAGGAACUGUAUAAGAUGCUUUUCCAGUCUGCUUGAUUUUUGUUGGUUGAUUUAUGGUCACAGAAACAUUGAGGUCUAUCCCGAUAGGAUCUCUUCUGUAGGUUCAUGUCGUUGGAAACGCCUCACAGAACAAACUUGUGGUUUAGUUUCACCCUUGGAGCUACCUGUUGGCUCUGUGGGAUAGAACUGCAAGACAAAUCUUCAUGUACCAUUUUAGGAAUGGAAGUAACGUGUCAUGUUCUCCCUCAGGUAUUGGAUCAUGAAUUUGAUAUAGAUGAAAAAAAAAAUUCAAAUGGAAAAGCUUGGUAAGAGUGAAAAAGAGCAUGUUCUGAGAUAUAAAAUGUAACUAACAUGUUUAAUUGCGUGAGUUGAACUUGCUCAGCCAGAUGUCUGUGGAGGUGCCAGACCUCUGUGUUUUUUUUCUGGUUGGCUUGAAGCAGGCUCUUCCCUCUUCAAUCUAAAAGUGAUUUACUGUUCCUUGUGGUGCCUGUAAGUUUAAAUUAGGAAGUCCAGCCCUCUGAUGUCUGUCCAGUCUUAAAUAACUCGAUGAGCAUGCUGGAUUUUUGCUCUGCUGUGUAAUUCAGCAAUGCUGCUUUUCUCUUGUUAAGCUUUGAAGAUUUAAAGUCUGAGUUAAUUUCUGAGCCUGGUACAGUGUUAGAACUCCUGGGUUACAUGGAGCAUAGUGCUAUUCCACAGACCAUAGCUUGAAGUAAAAGGACAAUACUCACAAGCCCAUUGUGCUGGCAAUAUAAAGAAUACUUGAAAGAAUAAUGAGGCUGCUGAAAUUGAUGGAAUUUCUUUUCCCUCUUAGCACGGCAACUUCUGUGAGAUUGGUACUUCAUUUUGGCUUCUCUCUAACUGGUGUCUGCAGAGCUUGAACAUAAAUGUGCAUUUGUUGAUUGAGGACUGUUGCAUCUGUUGCACUGAACGGUAUCUGCACCCAGCAGCAUUCUUCUGAUGGGGUGUUCAAAAAUCAGUGCUACAGUAGUUCAGCAUUUGGCAUCGUUGGUUUUCACUCUGCUGUGGUUGUUGAACCUGGUAUUCUUGCUGAUACAGGCUUUGUCCUCUUCAAGCAUUUGAGCACAGUCCUUUUGUGUGGGGCAGGACUUGUCAGUGUGAGAGCUGACUGCUGGUUCUCCCUGGUGUGUUCAGUUUGUUUCUUUAAACAGGUACAGAGCAGUCAGUUGGCUGUGUGAAAUAGAUUAGCUGCGGAAGAGGAAACAGCCUGUUGGACAGGUGUGCCUUUGUGUACCAGAGUGCUGCUGUCACUGAAUGUUGGGGUUAUGAAGCUGUACCUGAGUGCUGCCACAGCAACUCUGUAGGUCCUGAUGUGAUGUUGCUGCAAGUCUUGCAAGAAAGAAAAGCUCUUAAAUGCUCUUAAAACACUCCUUUAUUUCUUGUAAUAACUGAGAAUUUUAAAUAUUUUAACUUCAUUGCCCUGUAAGUUGAAGUAGUGGAUCAAGGUGUGGCUGUAAGCAGGGGAGGAUUAUCAACUGUGUUCAAACUGUUCCAAGUGGGAAGAUGGGGCUGUUUACUUCAUACAGAAAGUAACAUUCAAAUAAAACUGCUUGAAAGAA